ACUUACGUUGAGAAAGUAGCUUUCUAAAUUUUUGGCGUCUUGUUCGCUUUCCAAAUAUUGGUUAUUCUUGUGUUUCAUACUAUACAAUAUUUGUGUUUUAUCUUGUGUUGUUGUGAGGGUCAUCGCUUCACUUAAAUAACAAAAGUCCGUUGAAUGAAGACUAAUUAGAAAGCAACAUGGAAGCUCUGACAGUUCCGCCAUGAAUGCAAAAUAAAUAGAAAUUGUGGAGGAGCUGGAAGUGAAUAAAGUUAGGAUAGAAGCUUCACAAUGUUGAGAGGUGGGCGUGGUGGUCGUCACAGUCCAGAGCUGUACCCCCACACCUUAAAGUGCUCCAACGCCAGUGACACAAGCUCUGCUUAUAGUGGUAGUGACACUAUGACCUCAGUACACAGUUCUUUAGACAUGGACAUGGAAGUAGACCUAUCCGGUCUCCUUGAGUCCAUAGUUGAUUCUGAUGAGGAGGAAGAUUUGGAGGAAAGCAUGGACAGUUUGACUGUCCGUGAUGCUGUCAGAGAAUGCCUUGAAAAGGAUCCAAAUGAAAGGACAGAUGAAGAUAUUGAAAUACUCCUUGAAUUCACACAACAUUUGAAAGCUUUCACCAAUAUGACUUUAACAGUGAGAAGAGCUCUGUGUGCAGUGAUGGUGUUUGCGGUGGUGGAGAAGGCAGAAACUGUAGUCAUGAAUGAUGGUGAAGAGCAUGAUUCAUGGUCCGUUCUUAUUAAUGGUCAAGUUGGUAUUGAACAUCAGAAUGGAGAUGUGGAACACCUGAAUGUUGGUGACAGCUUUGGAAUGGCAGAGGCUACAUUGGAAAAACUAUAUCAUAGAGGCGUGAUGACUACUAGAUGUGAUGAUUGUCAAUUUGUUUGUGUAACCCAAACAGACUAUUAUCGUAUAUUGCAUCAAGGGGAAGAAAACAUAAGAAGGCAUGAAAAUGAGAAUGGGAUUGUAGUAUUGGUUACUGAAUAUAGAGGUGCCGCUGGAGAAUCAGGGCACCAACAAGGUCAUGUAGUCAUUCGAGGGACACCAGAGCAUUUGAUGUUACAGCUUAUUGAAGAUAAUUCUCGUGAUUCUACAUAUGUCGAAGAUUUUUUAUUAACUCACAGAACCUUUAUUGAAAGCCCCUUAGUUGUAGCCAAACAGUUGCUUGCCUGGUUUUCUGAACCAUCUGUACGUGACAAAGUUACUAGGGUAGUUUUAUUAUGGGUCAAUAAUCAUUUCACUGAUUUUGAAACUGAUCCAAAUAUGAUGGAAUUCCUAGAAAGCUUUGAAUCUGCUCUUGAAUGUGAAAAAAUGGAAAGUCAGUUGAGGCUAUUAAAUAUAGCUUGUUCAGCCAAGGCUCGUACUAGAAGUGUUACUUUAUCUCGCUCUUCUAGAGAUGAACCUCUAAACUUUACCAUUUUAGGAGGAUAUGAAAGGGGAUAUGAAAUCUUUAUUCUCAAAGUAGAAAAGCACUCUAAGGCUGAAGAUGUAGGAUUAAAAAGAGGAGACCAAAUAAUUGAGGUAAAUGGCCAGUCCUUUCAACAUGUUAGUCAUGCUAAAGCAAUGGAUAUUAUUACAGGUUCCACACACUUGUGCAUAACUGUAAAAAGUAAUUUAUUAUCCUUUAAACAAAUGCUCCACAUGCCAGAAAAUUUGCCAAGGCAAAGAGGAUGCGCCAGUAUGGUUCGUUGGCAAACAGAUCCCAGAGCAAGAUUAUCCACUGCUGAACUUCUUAGCGAUGAUCCUAUUACCCUUACCCCAGUAUUUCAAUCUCCUACCAAAAAACCACAGCAAAUAAAUAUCAAAAAAGAGCCACAAAAAGGGUUUAUGACUUUAGGUCCUAAAAAGCUACACAAGGCUUUAAUGAAAAUGAAUAUACUUCCAAAAAAUACAAUUACAGAUGGUAUUCACAACGAUGAUAGUAUUAUCACAAAUUCCGAAACUUUAAAUAAAGCCAACUCUAGUAGCGCAUUCUACAAUUCUCAUAGUAAUCCAGAUUUAAUUUCCAUAUGUUAUGAUGACUAUCAGUCAUCAGAUUAUCUAUAUCCUGAACAUGUACUCAAAGUAUAUAAAGCUGACCAAACCUGCAAGUAUUUGUUGGUCCAUAAGGAGACUACUGCUAGAGAGGUUGUUAUGCUUACCUUACAGGAAUUUGGCAUUACAGAUCCCAGUUCUAAUUUCUCUCUGUGUGAAGUUUCUGUGGCACAGGGGGGUAUCAUAAAGCAACACAGAUUGCCUGACCAAUUGCAAAAUCUUGCCGAGCGUAUUGGUCUCAGUUCGCGCUACUAUCUUAAGACUAAUGGAGUAAGUGAAACUUUAGUACCUGAUGAAAUGGCACCAGAAUUGUUGAGAGAAAGUGUUGUACAUUUCCUGCAACUGAAUGCUGUUGAAGUUGCAGUGCAAUUGACUCUACAAGACUUUUGCAUCUUCCGACAAAUUGAAAGCACCGAGUAUGUUGAUGACCUCUUUGAAUUGAAAAGUAGAUAUGGUACACCAAUGUUAUCACAAUUUGCAGGACUUGUGAACAAAGAGAUGUUUUGGGUUGUAACUGAAGUAGUCAAUGAGCAAAAUCUUGUUAGAAGAUCAAAAAUAAUAAAACAGUUUAUAAAAGUUGCCCGUCAUUGUAAAGAAUGCAAGAAUUUUAACUCAAUGUUUGCAAUAAUAUCUGGAUUAGGCCAUGGAGCUGUAUCCAGGCUUCGUAUGACAUGGGAAAAAUUACCAACCAAAUAUAAUAAACUAUUUUCAGACCUGCAAAUGCUUAUGGAUCCAUCUAGAAAUAUGUCAAAAUAUCGACAGCUUGUAACAACUGAACAAGGUAGAUCUCCAGUGAUUCCAUUUUAUCCAGUGGUUAGGAAAGAUUUAACAUUUAUUCAUCUUGGUAAUGAUACUAAAGUUGAAGGAAUGGUUAAUUUUGAAAAAUUACGAAUGAUUGCUAAAGAGGUUAGAACACUUACUAACAUGUGCAGUUCACCAUAUGAUCUUCUAACAUUAUUGGAAUUAGGCAAACAGCCUCCUUCUAAUGCUAUGGUUGCAUUGAACCAACUGACAACUGGUGUGCAACAAGGACAGGUGACUGUCAAGAGAAGGAAAAAAUCAGCCAAUGUACCCAACCACAAGAAAAUGUUUGAGGAAGCACAAAUGGUUAGAAGAGUCAAAGCAUAUUUAAAUAGAAUGCAUGUGGAAACAGAUGAAGAACGCCUUCAUGCACUAUCACUGGAAUGUGAAGGUUCUGGACCUGCACCAAUGGUUCCUCGCCGGCGACACCCAUCCCCCUCUUUAUCAACAACCAGUAGCGCAUCUUCGGCCAGCGAAAGCAAAAAGAGUUUUGCAGGAAAUAAAUUUGGCACUGCUUCACCACAAGCAGUUCGAAAAUUACUAGCGCUGUCUGAACCUGCUAAAACUAGGCCGCAUCAGCCAAGGCCACCACCUUCAGGCCCAUCCCCUUGCUCGCACCGACGAGAUGGUCCAGUUGUGGGUAUCUGCUGUUCUCGCGCAGCACACGAAAGAUCUCAUUCUGAUACGCCUACACCACUGCCGGUGGAUUUGUCAGCAGAGAGUAGCAGUGUGACAUCAUUAGUUAACUUGCCAUUAAGAAAAACGGGUUCAGCCACAUCAAGUGACAGCGGCCAUGGAUCGUGUACGACAGCGAGCUGUGUGCGGCCGGUCCCACCACCUCGCAUGCCCUACACUCUCGCUGCACAGGUGGCGCGACUCGAGCGACUCAGCCGCGCUCACUCACAUGAGGGUGUCACACGAGCGUACGACUAUUACCACGACACGCCAGAUGACGAAGACGACGAUCAACAAGUUUCCGCUGUUUAAAAUUUUAAAUACUCUCAAACAUCUAUUUAUAUAGAUCACUUUUGUAAUCUCACUUGACAAAUAGAUAGCACGAGUUACAUACAUUUUUCAUAUAAAAUAUUAUUAUUAUUAUUAAAAAUAAAUAUCAUAUUGUAUGUAUCCCUUACAAAUAAGUUUAAAGACUGUAUAAUUUUAACAUUUAAUUAGAAUGUGUCCUAGUGUUACAUAGUGUAAAAUUAAUACCCUUUAAGCCAUGCCUCUAUUAAUUAUAUUAUAAUUAAAAUUAAUGUGACCCACCAUGUUCCAGUUAUUAUUAUAUAGAGAUGUUUUAAUGUUUAGCAUUACUUGGGGAAUUAUUCCAUAUUCGCCUUUGGUAUCUCUACAUUCCGUUAUUUGUAUAUUUUUUAUAUUGUCAUUAUUUAUAAUAUGCAACUUAGACCAAAUAAUAAUUAAUG